GGCGCAGCCGCCGCCGUCGCUGACGACCCCGGUGUGUUUCCGGGGCCCGCGGGCCCCGGGCCCGCUCAGCGCCGCCCCGGGUGGCCCCGCACCCCCCGCAGCCGCUGGAGGCACCUCCGGAGCAACAGUUCAUCUUCUGCCCGGGACGGGAGAGGCUUUGCCCUUAAGCGACAGGUGGCCGUGUCUGCCUCCCGCAAAUGCCGUGAGCGGAGGGAAGGCGGGUCUGUGCCCGGGGCAGCGGGCCCCGGGGCAGGUCUGCAGCAGCACUUGUGGGGCUGCUGGCUGAGAAGGGGGCCCGAGCCUGGCCCUGGCGCUGAGGAUUGCAUGUCUCAACAGAUCUAGAUCCCAGCUGAGUCUGUGGUUCAAUCCAGUUCAUGUGUGGGUGGUUCCUCCAGAUUUAGCCUUCAGCAUCAACUGAAAGUUAGUCCUGAACUCCCCUGUAAUUGCUGACAUCUGGAAUAAACACAGGGGCAGAACCAUCCCUGCCGUGUUCAGGAAUUGUUGUGUUCCAUUUUAGUAACCUCUGUCCUCCGAGCAGGUGCAUUAUUCAAUCCUUUGGCAUGCCUGCCAUGUGUCAGUGGAGGAUUACCAGGGAUGACUGCUGUCCCCGAGGUGCUGUUUCAAAAUGGAAAGCCUAACAAGCACAUGGUGCUGCUCUCCUGCCCCUCCUCCUCUAGCAAGCAAACCAUUUUCCAAGAAAGUUCAGGUUAAUGUGUGAAAACAUAAAACAGCUGAGGUUUAUUUGGGAUGUUUCUAAACAACAGUGAUUUUUAUAGUCCUACAUGCUAUGCUUCUUUCCAGGGACAUCAAAACUUACUAAGCUGAGUGCUCAGGGCAAAAUGCAUCACUGUUUCUGCUUUGCUAGAGGCAUUUUAGAAUGGAUGGCAGGGAGGUGACACCACUAUUAACUAACCUGCUCCAGCAGCAAGCACAGCUACAGAGCAGUAGUACAAACACAGAUGAACCCUCUGAAGGUUCUCUGAGGAUGAACCCUCAACACCUUGUACAGUGUUUUGCUUAGAGUGAUAAAGUGGCAGUGGAGUCAGAUGCUUUUUGGUUACAAUCCUAUAGUCUUAGCAGAAAUGUAGAAACCCCCAUAAAACACAUAGGGGAUGUAUAUUUGUGGACACAUAAAACACAUAGAGAAUGUCUCUGUUUAUAGCUCUCAGUCUUUUCCAGAUAGCCUGAAAGGUCCCUCAGUGAUCCUCAGGACCACACUCUAAAUGGCACCGUGUCAUUUUCCUCUUUUUGUAUUACUUCUACUGCCUUUACCCUUUGCACUGUGUGGUGUCACUUGGUUCUUUUCUGGAAGGACAGGCACACGUGCCAGUAUGUGCUGGGAGGCUCCUGAUGUUUCACCAACCCAGAAAGAAAUGUAAAGUCUUGUCACAACUGACUAAAGAGAAGGCAGAGUUACAACUUCAACGUGACUCAUUGCAACACAGCAAAUAAAGUUCUCUGCUGACAAAACAAAGAUAGGAAAUACCAAGCUGGGAGUGAGGUGACAGAAAAUAAUGGACAAGGGGAAACAAAAACUAAUAACAAGAACAACAAAAGAUCUGGAAUAAUGGUACCAAGUACCAAGGUGCCUGGAAACAGAGCAGUCUGCCACAUGUUGAAGCUCCAGGCAGGAGCAUGAUGGCAGCCUCCCUUGGAAAUGAGUCAUUUACAAAUACAUGCUGUGUGCUGCAGAGAUGGCAAGGCACUGCUCCAAAUUCUGGCUGCUCUGAUGAGAGAACAGAGAACUCUGCAUUUCUGAAAGUGGAAGGAGGCCCAGAGGUUUCUUCCUAGUUCCGCCUGGCACCGCAGGGCAGUGCUGGGGUGCUCACCAGUGGGCACGCUGGGCUUGGGCCCUCAUCAGCCAGACCUUGCUGGCACUUGCUGGCCUGUAACAUACCCUCCUAACACCACCUUGGCAGCAUCCCAAAAGGACAGCUAGCGUGACAUUCAGACCAUAAUGGGAUUGCCCAGCGGGGGGAAUGACCUGCCUUCCAGCAAGUAAGCAGCGCCCACUUGGUAUGCGAAGGUGUGCAAUGACCCCAGAGCCCCACCAGCCUCUGCACUACACCCUGACCUGGCUGGGAUGAAAGGAGCCCUUCUCUGAGGGACAGAAUGCUCCAGACAGCCAAGGGAUGCACCUGGAAAUCCUUCACAGGUUACGUACAGUGAGCUGAAACAUAAUGGUGGUUUUCAGAAAGGGUGAUCAUGUGUGGCUGGAAACUCAACCAUACAGUGAAUUUAAUGUCCCUAUUGGGGCAGUUGUAAAGGAAUCUGACUCAGGACGGAUCUUGCUGGAGGAUGAUGAAGGCAAGGAGCACUGGAUCACAGCUCGGAACAUGCACAUGGUGCACCCAAUGCACCCCUCCUCUGCCCAGGGGGUGGAAGACAUGAUCUGCCUCGGGGAUCUGCAUGAAGCAGGCAUGGUGCACAACCUCCUCAUCCGCCACCAGCAGCACCAGAUCUAUACCUACACAGGAUCCAUCUUGGUAGCAGUGAAUCCAUACCAGCUGCUGCCCCUGUACACAGUCGAUCAGAUCAGACUGUACUGUAACAAGAGGAUUGGAGAGCUGCCACCUCACGUCUUUGCCAUUGCAGACAACUGUUAUUUCAAUAUGAAGAGGAACAAGAGAGACCAGUGCUGCGUGAUCAGUGGAGAAUCUGGAGCUGGGAAGACUGAGAGCACAAAGCUGAUACUACAGUUUUUGGCAGCUAUUAGUGGCCAGCAUUCCUGGAUAGAGCAGCAAAUCCUAGAGGCGAACCCCAUUCUGGAAGCUUUUGGGAACGCCAAGACAAUUCGAAAUGACAAUUCAAGCCGCUUUGGGAAAUACAUUGAUAUCCACUUCAACCAAAAUGGGGUGAUAGUAGGAGCCCGGAUAGAGCAGUUUCUUCUGGAGAAGUCCCGGGUGUGCCGGCAGGCUCCCGAGGAGAGGAACUAUCACAUCUUCUACUGCAUGCUAAUGGGGAUGAAUACAGAGCAGAAGAAGAUGCUGAAUCUGAGCACUGCUUCAGAGUACACUUAUCUCACUAUGGGCAACUGCAUGUCCUGCGACAGCCGGAACGAUGCCAAGGACUAUGCCCACAUCCGCUCAGCUAUGAAGAUCCUCAUGUUCUCAGAUUCUGAGCACUGGGACAUCAGCAAACUGCUGGCUGCCAUCCUGCACCUGGGGAACGUUGAGUUCGAAGCGGCUGUGUACGACAACUUGGACUGCUCUGAUGUGAUGGACUCGCCACACUUUGCAGUUGCAACCAAACUGCUCGAGGUGGACUCCAGUGAACUCCAGAACAGCCUCACAAACCUCUCCAUCAUUGUCCGAGGAGAAAGUGUGUCCAGGCCUCUGAAUAUAGUUCAAGCUGCAGAUGGGAGGGAUGCCUUCGUGAAGGGUAUAUAUGGACGGAUUUUCCUGUGGAUAGUGAACAAGAUCAACUCAGCCAUUUUCAGCCCAUCUACUCAGAAGCCUAAAGACAGACGUCAGUCCAUUGGGCUACUAGAUAUUUUUGGGUUUGAAAACUUCAGCAACAACAGCUUUGAGCAGCUCUGCAUUAACAUUGCCAAUGAGCACCUUCAGCAGUUCUUUGUGCACCAUGUCUUCAAGCUGGAGCAAGAGGAAUACCUUGCAGAGCACAUUGCCUGGAAUAACAUUGACUUCACUGAUAACCACCAGGCUCUGGACAUCAUUGCACUCAAGCCUAUGAAUAUCAUCUCCCUCAUUGACGAAGAGAGCAAGUUCCCAAAGGGCACAGAUGCCACCAUGCUCAUCAAAAUCAAUUCCCUCCACGGCAAAAGUAAAGUCUACAUCCCACCUAAGAGUGUCCAUGACACCAAGUUUGGCAUCAACCAUUUUGCUGGGGUUGUCUUUUAUGAAUCUAAAGAUUUCCUGGAGAAAAAUCGGGACACACUGAGUGCUAAUGUCAUGCAAGUGGUUCAUUCCUCCAAAAACAAAUUCCUGAGAGAGAUUUUCCAGGUAGAAACAACUCCACCUAGUCUGGGACGUGGGACUAUCCGGCAUCUUGGAGCUGACCAAGCCUACAAGUCUUUAUCUCAGUGUGGCUUUCUGCUGUCCAGAACACCUGGCCAUGGACAGGGCUUGGAUACCACCAAAAGGCUCUCUACUCUGGGAGGACAGUUCAAGCAAUCCCUGGAGAAGCUUAUGAAAAUCCUUGAGCAGUGCCAGCCAUUCUUCAUCCGCUGCAUCAAACCCAACGACUACAAGAAACCACUGUUGUUCGACCGGGAGCUGUGUAUCAAACAGCUGCGGUACUCGGGGAUGAUGGAGACCAUUCGGAUCAGGAAAGCUGGCUACCCAAUUCGCUACAGCUUUGAGGAGUUCUUCCAGAGGUACAGAGUUCUCCUGCCAGCGCCUCUCCGAGAACAGCUGAAGAAUGAUGCUCGACAGAGCUCCAUCCACAUCUCUGAAGCCAUGCUGGGCAAGGAUGACAGCUGGCAAGCUGGAAGGACAAAGAUUUUCCUUAAAGAUCAUCAUGAUACAAUAUUGGAGCUGCAACGCCAAAAUAUACUCACAGAUAAGGUUCUUCUUAUCCAGAGGGUGAUGAGAGGAUUGAAGGACAGGAAGCAGUUUCUGAGGCAGAGGAAGUCUGCUGUAGCCAUUCAGUCAGCCUGGCGAGGCUACUGCUGCAGGAAGGAGUUCAGAAUGGUGUUGCUGGGUUUCGGGCGCCUGCAGGCUCUCUGCCGCAGCCGGCAGCUGGCCAAGCAGUAUGAAGCCACCCGGGCUCGUGUCAUCAGGCUUCAAGCCCUGUGUCGUGGCUACCUGGUGCGUCAGAAGCUCGCAGAGCAGAAGAAAGCUGUGUGUGUUCUACAGGCAUAUGCAAGGGGCAUGUUUGCUCGCCGAGUCUACCAGAGGAUGAAGAGGGAGAACAAGCACAGGCUGGAAGCCAGGAAUAUCCGAUUGGAAGAAGAGAAACGUCUCAUCCAAGUCCUUGGACCGGUGAAAGCAAGGGAAGAAGCUAUGAGAUUAGAAAAGGAACACCUGACUAUGCUGGAGAAAGAGGAGGAAGAAACAAGACAAAGGAUGCAUGCUCUUGCCAAUAAACCAACGAGUCAUGAUGUUAUCAGUGACCAAGAAAUGGUGGACAAAAUUUUUGGGUUUUUACCUUCUAUGAUCGGAGGCCAAGAAGGACAGGCUCCUCUGGGUUUUGAGGACUUGGAAACAAAGCCUAACAAGCUGAAUGAGGUGGACCUGGACAUGGUUCCCAUGAGUGUGGAGCUAGAUGAGGAAGCAGAUGGCUUGGAAGAGUACACCUUCCCAAAGUUUGCAGCUACUUAUUUUCAGGGGUCAUCUACACAUACACAUAUCCGGAGACAGCUGCGGCACCCACUACUCUACCAUGAUGACAAGGACAAUGUCCUGGCCUCUCUAGUCGUGUGGGUUGUCAUCCUGAGGUUCAUGGGGGACCUGCCAGAGCCAGCAAUGUUUGCCAAGAAUGCCACCUCCAAAAGCAGCUCCGUGAUGACACAGAUAUAUGACACAAUUGGCAGGAAAAAUCAGGUCCAGUUCAGGAAUGACGGCCCAAAUAUGAGAGAAAGCAGAAAGGAUAACAAGUUUUCCAAGGGUAUCUCUUCCCUGAAGCUGAAACGGUCAUCCAAGUUGACAGGGAAGGUGACAGACCAGCUGAGGAGUGGAGAGGAGGCUUUCCAAGAGGACAGCUCCAUCUCUGAGAGACCUAUGUCCAACCUAGAAAAAGUGCACUUCAUUAUUGGCAAUGCAAUCCUGCGCCCUGCCAUCAGAGAUGAGAUUUAUUGCCAGAUUUGCAAACAACUCACUGAAAACAGCAACAGGAGCAGCUAUGCUCGAGGCUGGAUCCUUCUGUCACUUUGCCUUGGUUGCUUUCCUCCUUCAGACACAUUUGUGAAGUACCUGUUGAAUUUCAUCCACCACGGGCCCACAGGCUAUGCACCAUAUUGUGCUGAACGUCUGAGACGUACCUAUGUCAACGGAGCACGGACUGAACCUCCAAGCUGGCUGGAACUUCAGGCAACAAAGCAGAAGAAACCCAUUAUGUUUAAUGUCACCCUCAUGAAUGGCCAAAGCAUCACUGUCCCUGCAGACUCUGCUUCCAUUGCCAAAGAGAUCUGCCAGUUCAUAGCAGAUAAAACCAAACUGAAGGAUGUGUUUGGUUUUUCACUCUACAUUGCUGUGUUUGAUAAGGUGUGGUCUCUGGGUGGGGGACGAGAUCAUGUCCUGGAUGCCAUCUCCCAGUGCGAGCAGCUGGCGAAGGAGCGGGGCACACACCAACGCCACGCGCCCUGGCGCCUCUACUUCCGAAAGGAAAUCUUCACCCCUUGGCACAACUCCCAGGUGGAUCCUGUCAGCACUGACCUCAUUUACCACCAAGUAAUCCGUGGCAUCCGAUUUGGAGAGUACCGUUGUGAAAAGGAGGAGGAUUUGGUGGAGAUAGGUGCAAAAUAUUGUUACAUCCAAUUUGGAGAUUCCAUCCACAAUGAACUUGUGCAGAAGGUGCUUCAUGAAUAUAUCCCAGUGAAACAGCUGAGAUCCAAGCCCAUGGAAAAGUGGGUGAGCCUUAUAACCUACGCACAUGCUAAGGCCCCAUACACACAGGACCGUCUCUCCCGUCAGGCUGUGAAGGAACAACUUGUAGAUUUUGCUCGUUUCCAGUGGCCUUUGCUUUUUUCUCGAUUCUUUGAAGUUACUAAGUUCUCAGGUCCCAGUUUACCCAAGAACUACUUUAUAGUUGCCAUAAAUUGGAAAGGUAUCUGCUUCUUGGAUGAGUCAGAAAAGAGGCUCCUCGAGCUCACCUUCCCAGAGAUAACAGGCAUCCACACCAACAGGGCAGUGAAGUCAUUUGGACAGAGUUGCACUCUCAUCACCCUUCGUGCUGAGGAGUUUGUCCUGACGUCUGUAAACAGCAUUGUCAUUGCUGAGCUGGUGGUCAUGUUCCUGGAAGGACUGAAGAAGAGAUCACAAUUCGCCAUGGCAAUGUAUGAGAAAAAAUCCCAAGAAGACUCUGCCAUCCUGUCCUUCAAGAAGGGAGACUUGCUAAUCCUUACCAAAGAUAAAAGGCUGGAUGAAAACUCUGGAUGGAUCUCUGCCCAGAAUGAAAGGACAGGAAAAACAGGGAAUGUAUUUUUGGAAGAGAUCUACAUCAUCCCUUCUCUCACAAAACCAUCUAGUCAAGUGCUGAGUUUGCUGAUGAUGUCUCCAGACCAGAGGAGGACAGCUUCACAGAAGUCCUAUGUGGACGAACCUGAUGAAGAGGAUCUCAGAAUGAAGCCUUACACCUUGGAGGAGUUUUCCUAUGAACACUUCAGGACUCCUGAGAAGGAAUCCAUCAGCAAAGCAGUUCUCCAGAAGUCCCGCGGGCGCAGUCAGCUGUGGGCACACUCUAAGGAGCCCUUGAAGCAGCCCCUGCUGAAGGCAGCGUGCACAGACCCUGAUCUUCGGGACUUGGCAUGUCAGGCCUUCAUUGCCAUCAUGAAAUUCAUGGGGGACUAUCCCUCAAAGCAGGCACACUCCUCUGUGGAGGUCACUGACCAGAUAUUUGUUGCAGCUAUGCAGGAGGAAGUCCUGCGGGAUGAGAUUUACUGUCAGAUUAUGAAGCAACUGACGGAGAACAGAAACAGGUACAGUGUGACCAAGGGCUGGCAGCUCCUUUGGCUCUGCACUGGCCUGUUCCCACCCAGCAAGUCACUGCUGAAACAUGCCCAAAAGUUCAUGGAGACACAUCAGAAAGAGACACUGGCCCUGGAAUGCAGUCGGAGGAUUCAGACAGUGAUGAGGAGUGGCUCCAGGAAGUGGGCACCUCACCCUGUGGAAGUUGAGGCCAUCUUACAGAACAAUACGAAGAUUUCACACAAGAUUUGUUUCCCCAAUGAAACAGAACAGACAUUUAAUGUGGGAACAAACACCAAAGUUCGGGCCCUGUGUCAGAACAUUGCUUCCAAAUUGCAGCUGAGUUCCUGGGAAGGUUUCAGCCUCUUUGUGAAGAUUGCAGACAAGGUGAUCAGUCAGAAUGAAGCAGACUACUUCUUUGAUUCACUAAGGCAGGUGACAGACUGGAACAGGAGAAACAAACCAGGGAAAGAUGGGGCUGCUCUGUCUGUGGCUUACCAGGUGUACUUCAUGAGAAAACUGUGGCUGAAUGUAACUCCUGGGAAGGACCUGAAAGCUGAUUCCAUUUUCCAUUACCACCAGGAGUUGCCCAAGUACCUCAGAGGCUACCACAAGUGUUCCAAGGAUGAAGCUGUCCAGCUGGCAGGGCUGAUUUAUAAAGUGCGCUUCAACAACGACCGCACGCAGCUGGCAACCAUCCCCAAAUUCCUGAAGGAGCUGGUGCCAGACAAUUUACUCCGAGCAAUCUCACCAGAUGAGUGGAAGAAGAACAUUAUUGCAGCAUACAGCAAACAUGAAGGAAAAACCGUGGACGAGGCCAAGAUUGCCUUCUUGAAAUUGAUACACCGGUGGCCAACAUUUGGGUCAGCCUUCUUUGAGGUGAAGCAAACCUCGGAGCCAAAUUUCCCAGAGAUUGUGCUGAUUGCAAUCAACAGGCAAGGAGUCUCACUGAUCCAUCAAAAGACAAAGGAUAUUUUAACAGUCUACCCCUUCAAUAAAAUCUCCAAUUGGAGCAGUGGGAGCACAUACUUUCACAUGACAAUAGGGAACCUGGUACGAGGAAAUCGGAUCUUAUGUGAGACAUCUCUGGGUUACAAAAUGGAUGACCUGUUAACAUCCUAUGUACACCUGCUAAUGAAUGCUGUGAACAAGCAAAAGAACCUCCCAGCCUGAGGGUGGAAAUACAACCCAAAACCUGUAUCUGUGCCAAACUACCUGUAAUUUCAUCUCUCAGAAGAAACGCCAUGUAAAAAAUAAUAAUAAUAUUGAUGAUUAGUUUCCUGGUGACACACAAUGAACUGUGUAGCUGAAAUACUACAAAAGAAGCUCAAGUGAGCAUGUGCUUUCAAAUAUCUGUAACACUUUUAGUUGUAGUAUAAGAAUUCCAUUCACAUGUUGGAUUUAGAUAAAGUUUAGCUGGAUUUUAAUGUAAUAUGGGGUGGGAGGUAGAGAAAACCUAAUAUGAGAGCCUCUUCUGAUACUCAAAACCUCCUCCAUUCUUCCAUCCUUCUAUCACUAGGUUAUGUGCUGCAGGGUCUAGUAGACCAUGACGGCCAGUUUCUGUCAGAAUGUAGCUGUCAUUCCUGUGUGCUGCUGAAUUUUCAUGCUGCCCACUGGCUUACCAUUGCCAUGGUUAAAUUAAAUAGCUUUCUUUAUUCCACAUUUUAUACUGCACUUGGAAACUACCAACUGCCUUCUACUAUGCAGUUUCUAGGAAGCAUAAACAAACUCUGAAAUGAGACUGAUCCAUUACUUUUACUCAGUUGCUCCUAUUUCAAGUUCUAGAUGUGCUAUUGAGCGCAAAUCAGAAUCAGAUAACUCAGUCUAACAGACUGAAAUGAGACUUUUCUCAUCUGUAAAAAUGUUCUCAGCUUGAAGUUAUGCAGACAUUCAUUCAUGAGACAAAAAUAAUAGCUUAAAUUUCUCCCAUAUUUUCUAUUUCCUCUUUAGCAGGCACUUUUGAGUGGUAAAAAUUGAGUCAGCAUUUGUUCAUCUCUCAGACCUUUGUAGACUUUGGUCCUAUAGAAACCAGAGUGUUAAAGCAUAUAUGCCCUGUGGUGGUAGAAGCCUAGAUGCUUACCCCAUCAGAAAAUAAGUACUUCUCCUGAAUGGCAAACCCUCCCUUGCUCCUAGUGAAACGUGGACAUGUCUUAAAGCAUUUACACCAAGUUCCUUGAGACACAAUCUGGCAGUGCUGGAGAAGCAGCGCUGUUAGAUCUCUCGAAUUUGCCAAUGUAUGCACAAUGGUUCUCUUGUUCCUCAGAUCCAUGCGUGUGAAAUUCAGACGCUAAUGGGAGUUUCCUACAUGGGUGGCAGGGAAGAGCCCCACUCUGUGCAUCAAAAUGAGUGCCAGGCUUGUUGAUCCUUUUGCAAGCAAUUAGAUAUUCCUGCUGUACUGUCCAUUGCUGGCAAUGGAAAUGUGAGGCUAAUGACUUUAGUUGUUUUGUCUGAUCUAACUAGCUGUGAGAAGCAUUCAAUACUUUACCUGUACAAAAAGAAAUGUUGCAGCCAAGCUGUAUUGUAUGGUUUUUCAAUAAACACUGCAGAAAAUCAA